AUGGCUGUUGAAACCGCUCCUUUGGCCAAAGACGACCAUGUUGUCGUGGUCGGUGCUGGCAUCUUUGGGCUCAGUACCUCUAUCCACCUAGCGGGGCGCGGAUACACCAACAUCACUCUCUUGGAUAAACAGCCGUAUGAAAAAACUCAUUAUUCCUAUUUCGAAGGCUGCGAUGCUGCAUCUGCAGAUAUCAACAAGAUCAUUCGUUCCGCUUAUGGCUCUCAGACUAUCUACCAAAACCUGAGUUUUGAGGCAAUUCAAUAUUGGAACUCAUGGGCUGAAGAGCUUCGACAAGGAGGAGAAGCUGUGCCUCCGGGAAUGAGCGCUACGGACGACCUCUGGAUCAACAAUGGCGAUCUCUCGUGUACCGACGGCGACAGUUUGCCGGACUCCGACAAAGCGACAAUUGAUAGCAUGGAGAGGGCCGGUCAUGGAGAUACUCAACUCGUCAACGACAGUCCACAGGACUUGGAAUCUGCAACGAGAAGGGGCUUUCUUCCAAUGAUGCACCCAUUCUCCAAGAACCUUCUGGGAGUGCUGGACACCACUGGCGGUAUUACUUUGGCCGAUAGAGCCUGUCGUUUUGCUUUGCAUAAGGCAAAACGUCUUGGUGUUCGACUUGUUCUCGAUCCAACGGCUGGAAAGGUGGAUUCCUUGAUGGAAGGUCAGGGGUCCGAUAUCAUCGGUGUGCGCACCACGGAUGGAAAGUCACAUAAAGCUGCCCUAACGAUCAUUGCGAGUGGCGGAUGGACUCCAACCUUGGUUCCUUCUCUAGAUGGGCUUGCGGAGACAACUGCAGGGUCUGUCGUCAUGUUGAGCGUCCCAGAACAUCUUCGUGGACGUUUUGCCCCUACACGCUUCCCAGCCUGGUCAUACAAGAUUGGUGAUGGUGCAGAAGGCGGACUGUACGGCUUCCCCGUGGAUGAGAAUGGUGUACUGAAAAUUGGGUACCGCGGCACUAAGUACACCAACCCGAGAAUGCAACCAGAUGGCAUAGAGCGCAGCAUGCCAGUUACUCGAUGGACCGAAGAUGAAACAAUUCGUCAAAUCCCUACCCAGGCACUCGAAGUCAUACGAAGAUUCAUCAACGAAUUUCUUCCAGAGUUAUCAGGCAUCGACAUCCUAGCAACGCGUUUGUGUUGGUAUACUGACUCAUUUGACAACCAUUUCAUUAUCGAUCGAGUGUCCCAGAAGAAGGGCCUCAUGGUUGCCACAGCUGGAAGCGGCCAUGCCUUCAAAUAUCUGCCCACAAUUGGCAACUGGGUGGUGGACAUUAUUGAAGGAGUGGGUUUGGACAGACCGGCGGUGAAGGCGUGGAAAUGGAGGUCUCUAGACGAUGACAGCACGCCUGUCAACCAGCUCAUGGAAGGUUCUCGUAGUAGUCGUGCUCUUAAAAACAUAGAGCUGGCGCCAGGUGUUGCUCCUCCUGGGCCAAAGCUAUGA